GGCUGCCUGGGGAUGAUGCUGAUAACAGCAGCAGUCGCUGCUCGUGACAGAGGGUCUAUGUCCGGUAACAAAGAGGCCUGUUAACGCCAAAUAAACGUAAACCGUAUGCCAAAACAAACUGUUAAAAUGUCUGUGUAAUGAGGCAAAAUUAUUUGGAUGAAUGGCAUUCAUCCUUUCUAAAACGGUCUUUAUGAAAUGCUCAACGUCUGCUUAUGCAUAGACGCAAUAACGCGCAUUCAAACGCAAACUGACGCGCGACUCUUGAGUUAACGGGUUAAUAUUCGUAGGGAGUCAAGCCUGAAGACACGAAGCUUGACAACACUAUUCAGACAAGCAUGAAGGUCGGUGGGAGACAUGGAGGGUGGUGACCAGAUUUAAAGUAUUAAACAGUGACUUGGGGAUAGACAACAGCAGGUGUCUAAUUCUCAGAAUUGAGGGUAAGAACCCAGAUUUAUCAGUCACCCAAGCCAUUCAGUGACGAAUGUGGCCGAGAUCUGUGAUUGGACACCAUGAAAGGGGGAAAUUCAAGGUGUGCUUUUUCCCUGGGGUUUCUGGUGGGCACCUGUUCCUUGUACGUCUUCUUGAGGCAGGUGUGGUUUGAAGAGAGCUUCCUUGGACCGCGUGAUGGCAAGAACCUCACUCCACUGGGGCCAGAGCCGAACAACCAGAGUCUUACCCAGAGAGUGGAGGGAUCUGCCAUUAUUAACCUCAAGCUGCCUCACCAUUCAGGAGAGGAUGGUAAUGUCGCAGAUGAGCUAUUUAGGAAAGUACGUAUCUUGUGCUGGGUCAUGACUGGGCCCAGUAAUCUACAGUCCAAGGCUCAGCACGUGAAAGCUACAUGGAGCCGUCAUUGUAACAUAGUGCUGUUCAUGAGCUCUGAAGAAAACCAAAACUUUCCAACGGUGGGCCUCGGCACAGGAGAAGGCCGUGACCAGCUUUACUGGAAAACCAUUCGAGCGUUCCACUACGCUUUGAAGAACCACGGUGAUGAGGCAGACUGGUUCCUCAAAGCAGACGAUGACACUUUCGUUGUUGUGGACAACUUGCGCUGGAUCUUGUCGAACUACACGGCAGAUCAGCCCAUUUACUUCGGUAAGAGGUUCAAACCGUAUGCCAAGCAGGGCUAUAUGAGUGGCGGAGCAGGUUACGUGCUUAGUAAAGAGGCCCUGAGAAGAUUCGUGGAGGGGUUUAACACUAAAGCGUGCACUCAUACCACUUCAGUUGAGGAUCUUGCAAUGGGUCAGUGUUUAGAGAAAAUGGGUGUUGUGGCAGGUGACUCCAGAGACACGCUGCACCGGGAGACCUUUCAUCCCUUCAUACCUGAACAUCAUCUUACUGGAAAGUUCGCCAAGACUUUCUGGUACUGGAACUACUGCUUCUAUCCUAUUGUAGAGGGUCCACAGUGUUGCUCUGAUCUUGCGGUGUCCUUUCAUUACGUAGACCCUUUGCUUAUGUACACUCUUGAGUACUACACAUACCAUUUGAGACCCUUUGGUUACCAGCAUCGCUAUCGGCCACCGUUGCCAGCUGUUCGAGCCCUGCCUUCCCAAACUGUGAAGCCCACCAAAGAGACACAGAACACCGAAGAGCGUUUUAACAAAAUGUUAACCUCAGCAAACAGAGUGAAGCCCAGAACUGAAACAGGAAAGAUUUUUGAAAUGGAGAAACAAACAAAUGCAACCCAGGAAAAAAAGACAAUGGACAGUAGUUUAGCAUCAACACAUUAAAACAAACAUCAAAGCUUGAAUAUAAUAAUGUUCUUUAUGAAGCAAAGUGUUAAUCUGGUUGUAUACAAAUGAUGUAUGAUACGACAUUAAAUAUGGCAUUGACUUGUGUAGCAGUUUUGGAUCUUUAUACUGUGCAUGGUACAGAUGGGGUGUAAUGGUGCGUUAUGUAGUGGUUACACAUCUGGGCUAUUAACUUAAAGAUUGUAAGUUCACUUAAAAGUCCAGGCUGCUCAAAAGUGUUUUUAAUAACUACUGUAACUCUUCACUCUCAGAUAAAGUGUUUGACUACU